UACGCGUGAGAAAGUGAUCCUGUUUUCCCCGCCGAGAGCGAGCCAGAGCGAGAUCGUGUCUCUCUCCCGGCCACCCUGCCCUUACGCUGUUGACGUCGAAGAGGUCAAGCUAUCUCUGAUCGACCUCAUCUUCAUUACAACUCCCCUUCUCUCAUAGAUUCUUAGCUUCAGUCUCUCGAGAUCGUACAACACUCGCUCAGAUCCAUCCAAAAAUAAUAAUGGCCUCCCGAUUCGUCUCAAAAGCUUUGACUUCGGCCGCCCGUCGACCGGCCGUCGUCACCUCGCAAAAGGUUGUCGCUGCCCAGGCUUUCCGAGGAAUGGCUUCCCAGCCCACCCCGGACGAGAAGGCCGCUAGCAUCAUCAACUCGGUGCCCCAGUCCAACCUGUUCACCAAGACCGGAGGUGUCAUCCUCGGAACCGGUUUGACCGCCGCCGCUAUCAGCUCGGAGCUCUACGUCGCCAACGAGGAGACCGUCCUCGCCGUCGGUUUCUUCAUCAUCGUCGCCGCCGCCGCUCGAUCUAUCGGUGCCCCCUACUCGUCGUGGGCCAACGGCCACAUCGAGCGGAUCACCAACAUCUUGCAAGGAGCUAGGGAGGAGCACACCAAGGCCAUCACCGAGAGGAUGGAUUCGGUCAAGGAGAUGAGGGAGGUCGUGCCCCUGACUCAGAACUUGUACGCUGUCGCCAAGGAGAUCGCCGAGCUCGAGCACAAGAACUUUGCCCUCGAGCAAGAGAACGCGAUCAAGACCGAGCUCAAGCAGGUCCUCGACUCUUGGGUCCGAUACGAGCAGCAACAGCGAGAGUCGGAGCAGCUCGACCUGGUCAAGACCGUCAAGGCUGGUGUCGAAGCCGAGUUGGCCAAGCCCGCUUUCAAGAAGCAGCUCUUGGAGGAGGCUUUGGCUCACGUCGAGAGCUUGGCCAAGUCCAAGUCGAUCUAGACGUCGAACGGGAAAAGGCGAUGGGGGCGAGGAGAGAUAGAUGGGAUGUGAAAGGAAUCAAGAUGUAGAUCGAGUGGAGAAAAGAUGCAAAUCGAAUGAAAACGA